CUUUGGCUCAUGGCUUAUCCGUGCUCUAGUUCGAAUUAAAAGAAUGAACAAGAAAAGCCUAUCCAGGUCCAAGAAUCAUGUAGAAUCCCAACUCUUCCUUUGCCAUCUUCAUGACGAGCUCGAUUUUCAGCAGAAGUUCUCCCAACUCGAUUCCUCCUCAGUAUUUCCUGGAGGUUCCCGAGCUAUUCCGUUCGCAAAGGUUAUCCAUCUUCUGGCCUUCGAGGUUCCCUUGUCACGAAACACUUUUCCCUGUGGUGAAGAUUCUGAAGCCAAGAAGUGUUCGUCUUCUCCUUCGAGCUGUUGAGAGCAGCAGCACAAACCUAGGACGGGCAUCGAGUUUGGGAGAUGAUGUAGAGGAAGAAGACGGUUUAUGCCCUGUGGAUUGCGUGAAGGAGUUCAAAACUGAGGAGGAGUUCUCGAGGAUUCUGGAGAAGGCUAAAGGGACAAAUUCUCUGGUGGUGGUGGAUUUCUAUCGUACGUCCUGCGGGAGCUGCAAGUACAUUGAGCAGGGUUUUGUCAAGCUCUGCAAGAGGUCCGGUGAUGAUAAGGAUUCUGUGGUUUUCCUCAAGCAUAAUGUACUUGAUGAAUAUGAUGAGCAGUCAGAGGUUGCUGAAAGGUUGCGCAUUAAGACUGUGCCGCUAUUUCAGUUCUACAAAGAUGGGGUUCUUUUGGAAGCAUUUGCUACCAGAGACAAAGAGAGGAUCGUAGGCGUGAUUCGAAAAUAUAUCUCUGCUGAUUGAGCCCUGGAGGUCUGUACAACCUAUAUGCCCAGCUUUUAGCUGCAAAUCUGCAUGUUGGAAGGGAUAAGAUUUUUAUCACAUACCAAGCCUGCAACAAAACUAAUUAUCACUGUGCAUAGUAUUUGGGAUUUUGGACGCUACCACCUCCAUUUUAUUUUCGCUCUUUGUAUUUUACUACAGAUUUUCUCGUCUCCGGUGAAUGGUUGCAUUUGUUUGUCAUAAAUCAUGUAUAGUUUCAGUCUAUAACUUCGUAAUGCUACGGGCCUGCCCCUGUUAAAUGCUGCUUUAUCUCAAUCUGAAUUAUUUUUUCUUGCAAAGAACAGG